GAAGACCGAGGCAGCCCGGAGAAGCCUCUCCGGGCCUGCACAGGCGCUGCCGGGAACCGUUUGUUUGGCCCCCCUCCCCUGAGGACUAAGCUGCUGCUUUUUCCUCCCACGACACUAACGGACGGGUGCCACUGAAGGAGAAGAAGCUUAUGGAGGUUAAACUUGGAGAACUGCCAAGCUGGAUAUUGAUGCGGAAUUUCACCCCCAGUGGCAUUGUGGGAGCCUUUCAGAGAGGUUAUGACCGGUAUUACAACAAGUACAUCAAUGUGCGGAAAGGCAGCAUCUCGGGGAUUAACAUGGUGCUGGCAGCCUAUGUGGUUUUCAGCUACUGCAUUUCUUACAAGGAACUCAAACAUGAGCGGCGGCGCAAGUACCACUGAAGAAGGUCAUUAUGAGGGGACCACACACCCGAGCAUAAGAGCCUCUCCUGUGCCCAUCCAUGAAGAACUCAACUGUCUGGAUCUUCAUGUCCUAAGAAUUAGUGCCCAAUAAAAGGUGACUGGUUCAUGUA